GACUGUAAUGGAAAACGUAUUUUGGCUUUUAAUACAACAAAAAUGGGAGAAAUCAAUGUACAAAGCUUAGGAAAUACAGAUAAGAACCCAAGUGCAGUAGAACUAAAAACUCCGACUGAAGAAUUGGAUAUAGCGUUGAAAGAAUGUGGCUUCGGAUGGUUCCAUGUAAUGCUACUGUUAGCUUCUCUUAUCGGCUUCGUGGCCGGUCAGGGGGUGAGCAGCACCACACCUUAUAUCUUACCUGUUGCUGAAUGUGAUCUCAACAUGGAUUUACUGCAAAAAGGAUUCUUAAAUGCAAUCCCAUUUAUAGGAAUGACAAUAUCUUCAAUAGUUGCUGGAUUUCUAACGGAUACUUUUGGUAGGAAAUUAUUCCUCGUCUAUGGAUUUGGCGGACUAUUUAUAUGUACGUUAAUGGCGGGAUCCAGUCAGACAUACCUUUUAUUCGCUUCUGCGAAAUUUCUGGAAGGAGCACUGUUUGGAAUUUCUUUCAACCCGCUGAUGAUAUUGACAUCAGAAUUCUGUCACAAUGGCAUCAGAGAUCGCGUGGUGAUGUUUCAAUCAUCAUUCGCUGCGCUCGGUCAAGUUAUCAUUGCUAUUAUUGCAUGGGUUAUUCUUUCAUUGAAUUGGAAAGUGACGUUCUUCGACGGACAUUUUGUUCUUAACACGUGGAACUUCUAUAUUUACGUGAUGUCAAUGUGGGCUCUGCUCUCUUGUUUAUUUUAUACGUUUCUACCUGAAAGCCCCAAGUACUACAUCAGUCAGGGGAAAUUCGACGCCGCUGGAGAUGUGCUGAUGAAAAUUCAUAAAACAAAUAUGAAAUCUGAUCUAUCACUUUCGCAUUCUGAAUUAUGGACAAAGAAGGAGGUGAAGCGUGAAAGAAGCCAGUCACUGCGAAGUGAAAAAAUUAGAAGUUUCAAAAAGAAUCUAGUCAUGGGCUUUUACAAUUUAAAACCGAUGUUCCGGAGACCUCUUCUUUAUUAUUUAAUUCUUAUCUGCGCUAUGAAUUUCUUAACUAUGUUACUAUUCAACGUAAUAAGGCUGUGGUAUCCUCAGCUGUCGGCGAUUGUCGAAAGUUUCGGCAGCAACCACGCGCGACAAGAUUUAUGUAUGAUGUUAGAUUCAUACACAGACGAUAUUAAGUUAAAAAGUGUUAAUUCAACGGAUCUGUCUACAUGUGUACCGACUAAAAGUGGAAAAGAGACUUACAUUAACAGUGUUAUUUUGGGCUGUGUGUCCUUAAUACCUUUGGUACUAAGCGGAGUUCUUGUUAAUAAAGUUGGCAAGAAGAAUCUAUUCCUUGUUGCUGGAUUGAUAUCGGUAGGAUGUACACUGGGAUUACGAUGGACAAGUUCUAAAGGGACAAUGGUUGCGCUAUUCUCUUCAGAUGUGGCUAUCACACAGGCAAUGAUGAGUUUGAAUCAAGCGUUUACCGUUGAACUAUUUCCUACAACUACAAGAACUUUAGCAAUAUCAAUGAUGAUGACAUUUGGAAGGAUCGGCACUUUAGUGGGUAACGUCCUCUUCCCUGUAAUGCUGAAUAUGGGAUGUGGAAUAUCGUUUUAUACGCUCGCAGGAUUAAUGAUAUGCGUCACCGCGAUGGCGUUAUUUUUACCAAAAAAGAAAUAAUCUAUUUAACUUCAUAACAACACACCACAAAGCGCUAAGUGGAGAAAUAAAUGUCCUCCAUUUGCUUAUUAUUAAUGGCCAGUGAGAAAACGUAAUUUAUUUUAUAACUUACAAAAUAACCUCGAAUGGGAAUACCUUCAUAAUUUAAGUAAAAUAAAUGUUUUAGUUUUAGCUAUAUUAUUUGUUCAUCUAGUCUGUUCAUGUAGUUGUAAUAUAAGAAGCAUUACAUCCGAAUAAUCUAAGUGUGUUUUUCCAUAAUUAGGUAUUAAGUCUACAUCCAUAUAAAGAAAAUUAUGUUUAUAAUACAUGUUAAAACGAGGAACAAUAAAUA